GUGACGUGGCGCCUUUUUUAAGGAAAUCCCAGCCGGCGAAUUACACGGCGCCUGCGCUGAGUUAUCCGGUUACCCCCCCCCCCGCCGCCAUGUCGGAUUACAGCAUACGGCUCUUCGAGGACUCGGAUGGCGGGAAGGCCCGGGAGCUCUUUUCGCGGGGGAUUAUCGAGCACGCCCCCGGUGCCUUCAGUCACAUCGCCGGUCUCCCGCGGAUCUGGAUCUCCGUGCUGGUCUUGUCCCUGCUCUCCUUCUGGAUCACCGGCUCGGUUCCCCUGUCCGUGCUGAGUGCGGUCGUCUCGUUGGUCACCCUGUGGUUCUGCACUCGAUAUGUGUACACGUCCUACGUCGAGGAGUGCUUGUCGGGGGACAUGCUGGACAUUAGGAAGUAUUACUUGGAGAGGGACGGGUGUUGUUUUUGGGUGGCAGAGUCCGCCGGGGAGGUGGUGGGUAUCGUGGCCGCUGUCCCUUCUUCAAUCCCCAGCAGUGAGAAAAUCGUGGAGCUCAGGAGAAUGUCGAUCGCCAAGAGCCAUCGGGGGAAGGGCAUCGCCAAAGCCUUGUGCAGGACGGUUAUCGACUACGCGCGGAAGGCGGGCGCAGACGCCAUCGACCUGGAGACGUCUUUCGCUCAGACCGACGCUCAGUGGCUGUACGAGAAGAUGGGUUUCCGCAAAACUCGCACCUAUUACCCGCCGUACAUCAUAGCGAAGUUCAUUGACUUCCAUGUCCUGUGUUACCGAUAUGAUUUCCCCCAAAACAGGUGACAUUCUGGAACCUGUACGCUCUCUGAAUAAAGAUGUUUUGGUGUUUGGGGGGGGGGGGUUUGUUUAGUAAUUUUUCACAAUCUUUAUUACAGAAAAAGAAAACAAAAUGAAAAAUAAAGAAAAAAUCUAAUAAACA